AUGAGUAAUAAUAUUGAUCCUGGUAUGCAGAUUGAAGCUUCGCCGGAAAAAGACUAUGCUUUGAGGGGCAAAAUCAUGCUGACUGCGAUAGUUAUAUUGUUUGCGGUGGUGAUUUUCAUGACUUUUCUUCAUCUUUAUGCCAGAUGGUACUUGCUUCGCUUGCGUCGCCGUCAACAGAGCCGCCAGCGCCAGCGCCGCCGCACUCAUAUUGUCUUCUAUGUUGAUAACAACCAACCUAACUCCGCUGCCGAUCAUGGGCUGGAGGCGGAGGUGUUGAAUUCAGUACCGAUGUUUGCUUACUCCUCCAAGACUCACCCGGAGGUGCUAGAAUGCGCCGUGUGCUUAUCGGAGUUUGAGGAGAACGAGACUGGCCGGUUUUUACCCAAAUGUAAACAUUCUUUUCAUACAGAGUGCAUUGAUAUGUGGUUCCGUUCACAUUCUACGUGCCCACUCUGCCGGUCACCGGUGGAACAGGUCGCCGAACCCGAGAAAGUCCGGGCCGAAAUUGCCAUCAACGUAAACGAACCGGGUUCAAGCUCCGGUAACAAUACGAUGUCGUCGGGGGAUCGGAGGAAGGGGUUGGACCUGGUAUCUAUAGAGGUACCAAGAAGAACCGAGUUCGAUGAGGAGUUACCACUGAGUUCACCCGGAUUCAGGUCUCCGGGAUCUCGGUUGUUGUCCAUUAAAAGAUUCCUCAGCAUGAACAGAAAAUCUCCCAAGGGGACGCCGUGUGGGGCCGGGACGAGCUCUGGGCCGCUGGGAGCCACCGAGAUGGACUUGGAAAGUGGUAGGGAUGAAUUGACGACUCAGGAGUCAACUCGAACACAUAGUCCAAGGUCGUUAGCGAGUCGGCUUAUCCAAGAAAAAGAGUAA